AUGAUCAUGUCGAUCCGGGUUUAUGUCCUAUGCACUUUGAAGUUGCAGCACGUUCAUGUGAUCGUCAUCUUUUAUCAGCAAUUCCUGCCAAACUUCGCUGACCUCGAGCUAGAACUCACCGUCAUGCAUUCCGGUCCGAAGGCUCCUCUCGGUCUUUCUGGUGAGGCAUUUACCUCUUUUCGAGAUAAUCAAGGCCUCCCUGUCGAUGCUGCCUCGUUUAUGCAUGAUGGCUAAUUCUUCGGCGAUAGCCUUUAAGGUAGUUCUUCUAGAACAUCCCACUACGUAAUGCUGUCUCUGUUAGUCUUGCGCAAAAAAAUUUCUCCAGUAAAAGCAUGCUACGGCAUCUUUGACGAUGAAAUCCCCGCCACUUAUUUGGAAAUGGAGCACUUCCGCUACUUCCUUAAAGGUCUUGUCUUCACAGUCACCACGAUCCGUAGAUCAUUGAUGUUCCCGUAUUGAUCAUACUUCAAAAAGUAAAACCCGAGGCCAAUUAUCCAUAUGAACUUAAUUCCCACAUUCGCCACCAGCAUCCAACAUAUCGAUGGCACAAAGGGUGAGAUAGCUGUCAAGCUGUACGGAGCUUCUCAGCAUUCACUCCUCGUUACAAGUGCGGUCAAUUGCUGUCAUGGUGACUGAAAGGGGAGUCGGUUAGCCAAUCGAUAUGCCAUUUAAUGGUGUCGAUCGUUUAGGUAUUCACCUGUUCACCGCUGUUGCACAGGUCUUCGAGACACCUCAACUCCAAACUGCCCCUUAGUGUUCGCCUCGAUGCGUCGAAAUAUGCUUCAAUUUCUCCAUGAUUCCCUCUGCCCGGGAGACGAGACUCACACAAACUCCCCCCUCAAGCUUGGAUGUUUCUGAGUUGCCACUUGAAAAGGGUAGGAGUCAAUAUAAGCCUCGCUCAACCUCCCCCAUUUUAGACACAGAACAUGCUGGUUUAGUAUAGAUGAACGUUAAUUAACGAUGAAUUUUCACCAAGUCUACGAACUUGCCGAGUAUGUGUGCACUCUCUUGCUCUUCCGUGUCCUUUGAUCUUGCACUUGUAGUUACCUGCGUCUUCCUACUAUUCAUACUUUCUCCGCAUCAUCAUUCGUCGGCAUUUAAAAUGCCCCACGUGCCUUUGUCGCUACGAUCACACGGGCUGGUUUACCGCAAGCGUGACUGGAGUAGUCCAGAGAUGCCCUGACAAUUACUACGUAUGGGCGACACACUUGCGGCGGCCCAAAUUCGUGCGUAUGUUGCAAAUUUGGGCCUCUUACGAUUGCUUGUACGUGCGCACCAAGUGCAGUCUGAUGAUUGGCCAAUGCUGGCUGCCCAAACUGACCAAUCAUCAUUGAGGUUGACUCAGGCGUGAGCUUAAUGAGGGCUCUGUACGACUGCCCCACUGUCUCACAUGCGGACGCCGCUCUCGCCGCGUAGGACGUGCCCUCGUCGGCCGCCAACUCCUAAUAAUUUCUUCCCUAAUGGUUCUGCACAGGAUACAACAUCCUCCCAACUUGGCGUCUCACUUCUUCACUUCCUGUUCGGAACUGGGCCUUAUGGCCGUAGUGACUGAGGGCUCCCUAUAGCACAAUCUGCCGCGACGGAUACAUCAUCCUAAAACUGCUCUACACGAAGGCUGAGCGGCGACACCGAUAGGUAUCCAUCGCUAUCGCAUUGACGUGGUACGUCGCAAGCAAGCCGGCGGUCGUAACCUGCAUUUCGAGUUUUGUACAUUGCGUGGCUUGACAAUGGACAACAGACACGGUCGCAUGAAAUAUCAACCAACUAAUAAAGUCGAUGCAGUAAGCUCUUCCCCGUUCUGAGGCGGAUUGAAUUACACAAGUUACACCUCCUUCGAAGUAGGAAGUUAAAAGUCGAUGACUGAGUAAGUAACGUGAAUGCGGGUCAUACAGUGACAACAACCGUUUUACGAAAUCGCAUUUAAAUUAGAAGACAGCUAAGACAAAGUCAUGUAUUCCUCUAAUGAACGUCAGGCCUACCGAGUUAACAUACGCGUGGGGAUGGAAAAUACAUGAGUGUACAGGAAGAAUGGUAAGGCAAGUAGUGCAUAUUCGCAACGUACCGUGAUAUGGGGAAGAAACCGGAAUUCUGAGCUAUGGUGGACACCGAAACAGAGUCAGAUUAGAACUUCGUGCCAGUGUCCAAGACUCUUGCCUCGACCCCCAGAAGAGGCCUUGAAAUGCGCAAGACCACGGUGACUGGAUUGGACGGUUCAUCGCUUGGCUGAGGAAAGAGUGUUGCAUAGCCAGUCCAGGCCUUGGUAGAGACCAGUGCCUGAGGUGGCGCACGUGGCUUGCACGUGCCAUUGAUGCCCCUGAAAAGCGGAGAGGCCGAGUCUUUGAGUUACCUCGCAGGCCUGCAUUGCGUUUGGCAAAUCCUGCGAUAGAGAAGUUAUUAACACUAAAUACACACACACGCCUGUUUGUUUGCAAACACCAACAAGGGGGUUUCACGCAGUCCCUCGUCACUCAGCAUACGAUGAAGUUCUUCCCUCGCCUCAUCUAUUCUUUCCUGAUCAUUACUGUCGACAACGAAUAUGAAGCCUGGAGAAUAACGAACAAUAGUCACCCUUGCCUUGGCUGCUAUAGCAGAAACAGCGCCACAGAGGGCGUACUUUAUCUUGCCCUCCGACAUCCCGUACAGUAAAGGUGACAUUUUUGUAUCGCACGAGUUCAAUGUUAAAUCCGAUAGUGGGAGUAGUUGAAACGACUUCACCCAAAUUCAAUUUAUAAAGAAUGGUUGUUUUGCCUGCAGCAUCCAAGCCAACCAUAAGGAUACUCAUCUCCUUAUGGCCAAAUAUGCGGUCAAAUAUGCGACUGAACAUGUUACCCAUUCUCUAAGGAGGCGGAUUUGACCGUUUAUUUGCAAAUAACUGUAACUGGUACUAGACACAAAAGCGCCGAACACCGCAAAACUUACGUAUUUUCCACAAAAAUAAGUGGUCUGUCGGAAUGCUGAUAGGUCGCUUCUAAUCGGCAAUUAUAAGUUGAUUUUUGUGGUGUCGCAGUAUAAAUAUAACUAUGUUUUUAAUCCGAUAGGCUCUGAACUCAUGCGGACCAGAAUGGCCAAUGAGCAAUGA